AUGGCACGUUUCAACCUGCUUGCGGCUCUCGUUCUCCUGCUUGCCGUCACCGUCACUCUCGCAUCGUUCGCUUCCACGGCUGCUGCUCGACCUGUUCGGUUUCUUGGCACUCAGGGGUAUACAUCCGAUGGGAAGGCGUGCAUUGAGGUCGAGAGUAUAAAAGGCAUUGAUGGGUACUGCACGACGAAACAGACGAAAGAGCCGGCGAGCGUUUGCCAGGAUAAGCUCAACCGGUGGAUCGCGGAUUGCAACAACCCUCAAGGCAAAGGAUUUUGGAAGACGAUUGGAAGAUAUUUCGGUAAUUGGAAGUGA